GCCCUUUCCCUGGGCCGGGCACUUUCCAUGGCCAUGUGAUCCUGGGGCUGCUGGGACGCUCCGGAACAGCUGGGACAAGCGGGGGUCGCGGGCGUCCCUGGGAGGGGGCGACAUGGAGCGGAGGUGGGUCUUCGUGCUGCUGGACGUGCUGUGCGUGCUGGUCGCCUCUCUGCCCUUCAUCAUCCUGACCCUGGUGAACACACCAUACAAACGAGGGUUUUACUGCGGCGAUGACUCCAUCCGGUACCCGUACCGUCCAGACACAAUCACCCAUGGACUCAUGGCCGGGGUCAUCAUCACAGCCACUGUCAUCCUUGUCUCAUCGGGGGAGGCCUACCUGGUGUACACAGAGCGUCUCUAUUCACGCUCUGACUUCAACAACUAUGUGGCUGCCAUCUACAAGGUGCUGGGGACCUUCCUGUUUGGGGCCGCUGUGAGCCAGUCUCUGACUGACCUGGCCAAGUACAUGAUUGGCCGUCUGCGACCCAGCUUCUUGGCUGUCUGUGACCCCGACUGGAGCCGGGUCAACUGUUCCGGCUAUGUGCAGCUGGAGGUGUGCAGAGGCAGCCCUGCCAAUGUCACUGAGGCCAGGCUGUCCUUUUACUCCGGGCACUCCUCCUUUGGCAUGUACUGCAUGCUGUUCCUGGCGCUGUAUGUGCAGGCCCGGCUCUGCUGGAAGUGGGCACGGCUGCUGAGGCCCACGGUUCAGUUCUUCUUGGUGGCCUUUGCAAUCUAUGUGGGCUACACCCGAGUGUCUGACCACAAGCACCACUGGAGUGAUGUCCUCGUCGGCCUCCUGCAAGGAGCCUUGGUGGCCUGCCUCACGGUCCGAUAUGUCUCAGACUUCUUCAAAUCCCGGCCGCCCCAGUCCUGCCAGGAGGAUGAGGAACCCCAGCGCAAGCCCAGUCUGUCACUGACACUGACUCUCGGCGAGGAUCUUAGCCACUAUGAGUACCCAGUCUCUUCCUGCUUUGGAAGCUGGGAAGCCACCUGUGGGCCAGUCAUGUGUUGGCCCCUUGGCCCUGGUCAGGCACUACUGGCUUUGGAGCUGCCCCAGGGUCCCGGCUGGUGACCAUUGACUAGAGUCUUGGGUGCCUGGCUAGCCCUGAGUAUGGACAGGGUCCAUUCAGGGACAUAUAUAUGCACUGUGUGUGCUCCAGGAACAUAUGCCUGUAAACAUAUGUAAACAUAUGUAAACACAUGGCCUGUAAAAGAUGAGGCCCUGCUCUGAGAGCUGUCUCCCUCCACCAAGGGCUUUCCGAGGAGGGUCAUCCCUGUAUGGCCCCAGGAAUGGUCGGGUCUGAGACAGCACAUGAAGUCAGCACCCUCCCUGACAGACCUGCAGACGAUGAGCCCUUUGUCUGCGUGGGGCAGUUGGCCUGGGCUUGGGGCAGGGAUCACAAGUGUAAAAAAAGGCUACUAACCCUUGGUCUGCCCGGGUUGCCUGAAAGGUCACACGUGGCUUUGGGUCUGAAUCCUGUUCUCAAGCCUGUAGAAGAUUCCUGCUCGAGGCCUCCAAGCCCUCCCUCAAUUUGAUGUCCAGUCCUGCCUCUACUCUGCCCACAUGGACCAGAUAUGUAGCCAGGCUUUGGAAGUGGGUCCUGGGUCUGCCAUUCCCAUCUAUUUCAGAACACUUAAAGUUGCUUUUUCAUGGGAGGGUGAGUUAUAAACUUUGUACCAAACGUU